UAAUUUGGACUCGAUGGUCUAAAAUCUCUUUGAAACUCUAAGGACGCUGGGGUUCAAAUAUAUAGAACAGAUCUUGUUCGAGUAAGGUGGAAUGGUUGACGCGCGAGAGCAUCGCGGAGGUAUGCCUCCGCCAGGGUUUCUACCCUUCUCUCUUUCAUGGCGGGUUCCUUCUCUUCUUUGCAUGGGAGUUUAUUGGCAUGGCCUUGCGGCUUUGUCUUUGGACCUCUCUUCUUGGCAUACGAUUCAUUGAGUAGGGAGUGUGUAGGGGUUAAGGUGGGGGAGUCGACAGAAGUAAUCUGUAGCGGUGAUGGUUUGGGGGUUUCAACGGACGGCGACUAUAGAACGAACGAUCUGUGCUGGAAGUAAGAAGGAUCAUCAGUUAAGGCUGGCAUUAGCAGGAUGAGAUUUUGGAUUGGUGAUUUUUACACUUUGGAGACAAUAGAGGACUUGAGAGGGGUGCCGCCGGAUGUAUUGAUGAAGAAAGACGAAUUGAAGUUGGAAAUUCUUGAACCUGCAACACAAUCUUGGGGGAUUAAGGACGAAUCAGAAGUGCUGUGGCCAAGUUGUGUUGGCAACAUGUGGAUGAUGGUGGACUCUAGCUGCUCAUUGUUUUUAGAGCAGAUGGUGGGGGAGCUAUGGUGGCCGCACAAGGUGAUUGUGGUUAUGGUUGAUUUUGAACAAGCAAGGACCCCAGUAUUGGGAUGUUGACUCUAUAGCGGUUUGUACUUUGUUUGGGAAGGGAUGUGGACCGGCCCCUGCGAGCUGCCAAACAAACACGUGACUGUACUCUGAUUUUGACCCAGUCGAGAGGUGGACGGCAAUUCCCGAACCUUCCUUGCCCCACGCGCCAACCCUCGCGGCCCAACCAACCACUACGUCACGCGCUUCCACGUCCUUUGCAGUCCCUGUCCAACGGCUACUUUCUUCUAAGCAAGAGCCAGCACAAAUUCACGCACCGCCUGUCUCUCUCCGUUACUGGUUAGUUGGCCUAUUCAACAAUAUCGGCAUCGCACCCUCUCCAUUUAAAAACGCCUUCUUCCUACUUCUGUCACCAGCCGCGAACCUCCGUCAUGGAUUGCUUGGUGUUGCCGGUGACCUUGAUCAGACGGCGCUCCACUAGUUCCCGCCUAGGCUAUCGGCCCCUCGCCCAUGACCGCUUCGACGAACCCGACGGUCCCGUGACGGUGAUCGUGGGAAAAGAGAAGAGGGUGUUUCUGGUUGAGCCUUUUGUUCUUCAGGAAUACCCUUUUCGGCUUGUGAUGGAAACGAUGACGAGAGGGGAGGUCAGUGAUUUGCGAGGAGGGGUGAUCUUCGUGGACGUGGACGCCAUUUUGUUCGAGCACAUGUUGUGGCUCUUGCACAACGAUUCCUCGUCUCUGUUGAGCCUCAAUCUGAAGGAGAUAAUUGAUUUCUAUGCCCAGGAGGAUUGUUAGAGCAAGCGCCGCAGCCGGAACAGAGGCACUCUGUUUUACUAAUUUCUGUGCCAUCUUUAGACCGAGAAUGCCUCCCUUAUUGUGAGAGGCGAUACUUGUAUACAUUGUCACUUGUUUUUACUGAAUAAGCCUAAUCUAUUGUCUGAUCUCCAAA